AUUCUCAAAGCUAAAAAACAUGUUGUGACAUUUGAUGAAACACAGCUUCAACAGAAUGAAAGACUAUUGAAAGAGAGUAAAGCAAGGGAGGUAACUGAAUCAGCAGAGUCACGAGUAAGCAGAAAACGUCGGAAACGUCGGGAGAUGAUGAACCAAGCAGCCGAGGAGGAACUUGCCGAGAUCGGACUCGAACAGGACAUGUUACGGGAGCUCAACCUCAAACCUGCCGCAGCUAAAAAAACUGGCUCAGAAGGGGGCCCAAAAGGGGACAACAAGUGCUAAGGAGACCCCAGCUCCUCAGCCAGGCCUUCUAAAUGUUACUCCCCAAGCCACAACUCCCUCGGGGAAGAAAUCCAAACAGACAAUAGCAUUCGACUUGGGUGCAAUGAUUGAUGCCUUAGAGAAAAAGAAAGAUGUUCCAGUUCCAAAGAAGAAAGAGGUCUCUGUUUCUGUGGAACCUAAAGUGAAGAAAAGUACAGAUCAGAAGGGUGUGCGACCACACAACAUGCUUGAUUCUAGUGCACCUAUGUUAAAAAGAGGAAAGGAAAGGGAAAACCCAAAACCGAAGAAACCCAGUCCCCUCAAAAAGGUGAUCCUGAAGGAGCGAGAAGAAAAGAAAAAGUUACGACUAUUGGACGACUCCGUCCCUGGCAAUCCAGGUGUACCCAUGGGUAUAGGAGUCAUCAGUGCUGAGAGUGACCUGUCUCAGGACGCCUAUAGCUUUAAAGGUUCAGCUGAUUAUGGGGUCACGACCCCUGCCAGUAAUGACCUUUCCCCUAUAAGCCAGACCUCACCCAUCAGUAUGAGCCCCCUGUCCCCUGGGGCCAGCCCUUUGAGUUCAGAGGUCAACAGUCCCAUCGCCGGAACUAUUGGCAAGGAGGCUGUGCUCAAAAUACACAGCAGACGAUUCAGAGAGUAUUGUAACCAGGUACUAAACAAGGAUAUAGACAGCUGUUGUACUGCACUCCUCCAGGACCUUGUACGCUUCCAGGACCGUGUCUAUCACAAAGAACCUAAUAAGGCCAAGUCUAAAAGGAGACUCGUACUAGGUCUAAGGGAGGUAACCAAACACCUUAAACUGAAGAAGAUCAAGUGUGUCAUUAUAUCCCCGAAUCUGGAAAAGAUACAGUCUAAGG